AUGUCUCCAGAUAAGCAGAAGUCCCAUCACACCGUUGCUGGUCAUGAGUUUGUAGACAUUGGUCCUAUAUCCGUCUGCAAGCCUGAUCGGUCAACAUACAGGAUAUCCACAAUCCCAGUGCAGGAUCUCCAUCAUCCUAGUAUAGGAUCUCCAUCAUCCCAGCGCAGGAUCUCCAUCAUCCCAGUGCAGGAUCUCCAUCAUCCCAGUGCAGGAUCUCCAUCAUCCCAGUGCAGGAUCUCCAUCAUCCUAGUAUAUGAUCUCCAUCGUCCUAGUAAAGGAUCUUCAUUAUCCCAGAAAAGGAUCUCCAUUAUCCCAUUGCAGGAUCUCCAUCAUCCCAGUGCAGGAUCUCCAUCAUCCCAUUGCAGGAUCUCCAUCAUCCUGUACAAGAUCUCCAUCAUCCCAGUGCAGGAUCUCCAUCAUCCCAGUUCAGGAUCUCCAUCAUCCAAGUACAGGAUCUCCAUCAUCCUAUGCAGGAUCUCCAUCAUCCCAUUGCAGGAUCUCCAUCAUCCCAUUGCAGGAUUUCCAUCAUCCCAGUGCAGGAUCUCCAUCAUCCCAUUGCAGGAUCUCCAUCAUCCCAGUGUAGGAUCUCCAUCAUCCCAGUGCAGGAUCUCCAUCAUCCUAACCCUGUCACUCUGGACCCUGUCACUCCUGGACCCUGUCACCCUGGACCCUGUCACUUUAGAACCUGUCACUCUAGACCCUGUCCCUCUAGCUCAUUUAACUCUGGACCCUGUCACUCUAGACCCUGUCCCUCUAGCUCAUAUAACUCUGGACCCUGUCACUCUAGACCCUGUCACUCUAGACCCUGUCACUCUAGCUCAUUUAACUCUGGACCCUGUCACUCUAGACCCUGUCACUCUAGACCCUGUCACUCUAGCUCAUUUAACUCUGGACCCUGUCACUCUAGACCCUGUCACCCUGGACCCUGUCACUUUAGACCCUGUCACUCUAGACCCUGUCCCUCUAGCUCAUUUAACUCUGGACCCUGUCACUCUAGACCCUGUCACUCUAGCUCAUUUAACCCUGGACCCUGUCACUCUGGAUCCUGUUACUCUAGAACAUUUAACUCUGGACCCUGUCACUCUAGACCCUGUCCCUCUAGCUCAUUUAACUCUGGACCCUGUCACUCUAGCUCAUUUAACUCUGGACCCUGUCACUCUAGACCCUGUCACUCUAGACCCUGUCACUCUAGACCCUGUCACUCAAGCUCAUUUAACUCUGGACCCUGUCACUCUAGACCCUGUCACUCAAGCUCAUUUAACUCUGGACCCUGUCACUCUAGACCCUGUCACUCUGGACCCUACCCUGUCACUCUGGACCCUGUCACUCCUGGACCCUGUCACCCUGGACCCUGUCACUUUAGAACCUGUCACUCUAGACCCUGUCCCUCUAGCUCAUUUAACUCUGGACCCUGUCACUCUAGACCCUGUCCCUCUAGCUCAUAUAACUCUGGACCCUGUCACUCUAGACCCUGUCACUCUAGACCCUGUCACUCUAGACCCUGUCACUCUAGCUCAUUUAACUCUGGACCCUGUCACUCUAGACCCUGUCACUCUAGACCCUGUCACUCUAGCUCAUUUAACUCUGGACCCUGUCACUCUAGACCCUGUCACUCUAGACCCUGUCACUCUAGACCCUGUCACUCUAGCUCAUUUAACUCUGGACCCUGUCACUCUAGACCCUACCCUGUCACUCUGGACCCUGUCACUCCUGGGCCCUGUCACUCUGGGUCCUGUUACUCUGGACCCUGUCACUCUAGAACUUUUAUCUCUGGACCCUGUCACUCUAGAACAUUUAUCUCUGGACCAUGUUACUCUAGACCCUGUCUCUCUAGACCCUGUUACUCCAGAACAUUUAACUCUGGACCCUGUCACUCUAGAACUUUUAUCUCUGGACCCUGUCACUCUGGAUCCUGUUACUCUAGAACAUUUAACUCUGGACCCUGUCACUCUGGACCCUGUUACUCUAGAACAUUUAACUCUCGACCCUGUCACUCUAGAUCCUGUUACUCUAGAACAUUUAACUCUGGGCCCUGUCACUCUGGACCCUGUCACUCUAGAACAUUUAACUCUGGACCCUGUCACUCUGGAUCCUGUCACUCUAGCUCAUUUCACUGUGGACCAUGUCACUCAAGACCAUGAUUUUAUGUCCCCGUCACUCUGGACCCUGUCACUCCAGAACAUUUAA